ACUUCCUGUAAGGAAAUCAUCUAAGUGUGGGUGUUUUGGGCCUGGCCAUGUUAAAUCUUCACUCUUCACCUGAUUGUCAGCCACAGUGUCGCUACACAGAAAUGCGGGAUGGAGGAUUUUUUUAAGUAUAUGGGCAUCAGCAGGACCCUUUGUCUGAUAUAUUGCAUGUUCUGGAUGUUCUCACCAGCAGAUGGAGCCACCGUCUCAAUGGUGGUGGGCAGCAGAGCGAUUUUCCACUGUGCCAACGAGUCAAUCAGCGCGCUCGCUCAGCUGACAUGGAAAAAGGACGGGGUGACCCUGUUCAGUCUCAAACCACACAACCCCAUCUACGCCAGUAAUGAAACUCGGGAGCUCAACAUAAAUAUGUCAGAGUCAGAGAGCAAACUGUACCCACUGAUCAUAGAGAGUGUCCAGACGUCUCAUGGAGGAAACUACACCUGUGAGACCAACUCAGUCACAGGAGCUUGGGAGGAGCAAUGGGAGCUGAUAAUUAUAGAACACGUGGAAGGGGAAAAUCGGCAUACGACAGUGAUUGCUGUGGCUGUGCCUUGUGUGUGCUGCCUGAUCUUUAUAAUCACUUUGACUGUUCUGCAUGGAGUUCGCAAACGACGUGGGAGAAUUAUUCAAGAAACCAUUCAAGCUCCCGCUGCUGAAAGGCACCAGGCGAAAACAGAAGAUAUUUAUGAAAACUGCCUGGAAAGUCGACGACAACACUAUAAUAAGCAUUACAGACCCAGAGCUCAUUGAUAUGAAGUGCAGUCCAAAAAACCCCCUUCAAAGUUAAAGUGACUGCAAAAAAGGAAGCAAAUACCACAAGUGGGUAAAUGUGUGAAUCUGCACACGAGGCUUCACUGGAAACAAACACAUAAAAGAAACAAAACAAAAAAAAAAACACAGCAUUUUCACAUCCUCUGUCCACAUCAGCUUCAACCUGGAUAAUUACUUCAGCCUUUUAAAAUAUUUUUUUGUAAAAAAACAACAGUAAACUGAUUUUUCAAUAAAUGUGCUGUAUGUAAUGAA